AUGCAGCAAAAGUUCACUCGGCCCAAUUACCAGAGCCUUGACAUUCUGGACUGCUGCAAUGGUCUCCUCCUCUGCCGCUGCUGGAAGGCGACUUACCCUGAGAUACUGGAUUACAUCGUGUGCAACCCUGCCACCCAGAAAUGGGUGGUCGUGCCUGCUAGUGACUGGUCCAGCGAGGUGGUGGUCGCUCGCUUAGGGUUCGACUCUUCCGUCUCCUCCCACUUUCAUGUGUUCGAAUUCAUAAUUGAUGAGGCCUGGGGUGUAUACGAGGAUGAGAGCAGAUAUUUUAAAAACAUCAAAGCAUUGGCGAUCUACUCGUCCAAAGCUGGAGUAUGGAUGGUCACAGAAAUUAUGGCAAUUUCAUUUGCAAUACCCUGGAAUUCCAGAAGCGUUUUUCUCAAUGGGGUCCUACAUUUGGCUGCCUUUGAUGACUUAAUAGUAGCUGUUGACGUUGAAGGAAAUCAUAAGUGGAUCAUUGACAUUGAUGAUGAUUUUAUCAAUGACAUUUUUCCAUCACAGAGGCGAUUGUAUUUCGCACAUAGUACUGCUGGUAUUGGUGGUUCUGAGCUAUCAGUCUGGGUUCUUGAGGACCAUGGUAGAGCAGACUGGACCUUGAAGUACAAUGUCAGCAACUUGAAACUGUUUGGAACAGAGUAUUCGUCAUUUCAAAAGCAUUACAAUGUCGUCUCAUUCCACCCAGAACGCAAUAUGCUUUUCAUAGUCUGUGGGGAAGAGAACACAUUAAUGUCAUAUGACAUGGAUUCUAUGGAGCUGUGUUUUAUACGUCAACUUGGAUCUGAUUGCCAAGUUGAAGGUUCUGACUGGGAGGGGAAGACUCCUUUUUAUUCAUAUGUUCCCUUGUUCUCAGAGUCAUUGGCAAAUGGGCACUAA